ACGACACGCGUCUGGCUUUGCAUUGUACUUUGUUUGGUCUCUAUAUAAGAGGGCUUUGCACCAUCAACCCCGACACAACCAAGCCGCCCAUACUCCACGUCUCCGCCAUGGAAUCCACAAUGCAGCAGCGGCGCGAUGAGAUUCUUGCAAAGAAGGCUAAGCUCGCCGAGCUGAAGCGCCAGCGCGAACUGAGGAAGCAGGAGUCCGCUAGUAGGCAGUCUCUAAGUGGCAGCCCAUUGGGAGAAGUACUAUCGCCAACACCAAGGCGAAGCGAAGACCUCGACCGAAGAACCGAUGUCACCAAUCUUAUCAACAGCAUACUCGGAGAAAGCAGACCGGGCUCUACGCAACCGGGCUCGCCAGCCGGCGCAGGACGAGCAACACGACCCACAUCUGUAGUCAGUGCAGGACAGCUUAGUAGUGACAAUGAAGGAUCGUCAGGCUAUCAGGCGCCUAGUGGCAUGGUGGACCGGGAAAUGCAGACUCUGGCAAUGGGGCCACUAGCUACCGUCUACGAGUUCGAUGGCCAGGUCACAGACGAGGUCAAGACAGAAAAGGAGGUCAUCACAUACAGCAAGGGCGUGCAGGCGAGCAUAGACUGGAGUCCGCCAAGGCCGAGAGGAGCUGGGGGGAGCGACACCGAACACGAUGAGAGCCCUACACGGUCACCUAAGAGCAAGAGGCUGAGCCGGAGACAGAAAGAACGAGACGAGGAGAUCCGGGCACAGUUGCGGAAAGAGAUCGAAGACGAGAUCAAGGCCGUGCAACAAGCGCCUCCAGACGGUGCAGCACCAGCAGGCUCAGACGAGAACUUCCCAUUCAAAACGUUGACGAACGAGGAAUUGACCGCCGUCGAGAACUCGGAAGAGUUCAUCGGCUUCGUGGAAAGGAGUACCAAGGUGCUUGAGCGGGCCCUCGAUCAACAACUAGGCUACGACAUCCUAGCAGACUAUGCGCUCGGUGGCGUAGAUGUUGAUGACGAAGAUGAGGGAUACGGUUCAAGUGGAGGCAAGAAGGGUAGGCGGAUAAAAGAGAUUGCACAAUUUUGGGAUGAGAGGUGGAGUAAGAAGAGGAUGGUCUCGGACCUGGCCUUCUCGACAAAGUUUCCAGAGCUCGUCCUCGCAUCCUAUACCAAGAAUCCGUCCGCUCCACAUGAUCCAGAUGGCCUCAUUCAAGUUUGGAAUCUACAUAUGCAUGACCGACCAGAGUACAUCUUCCAUGCUCAGUCCGACAUCCUUACUGCAAAGUUCUCUCCCUUCCAUCCCAACCUCAUCAUCGGCGGUGCAUACUCAGGUCAAGUGCUGUUGUGGGAUACCCGCGCAAAGUCUGCACCAGUGCAGAAGACGCCGCUCACAGGCUCUGGUCACACUCACCCUGUCUAUUCGCUCGACAUUGUUGGUACACAGAACGCGAACAACAUCAUCUCGUGUUCAACGGACGGCGUCGUGUGCGGUUGGACGGUCGACAUGCUCUCACAACCACAGGAAUUUUUGGAACUAACCUCACCUCCACCAGCAAAGACAGACGAUAUGGCAGUGACGUGCAUCGCCUUCCCGCAAUCAGAUCCAACCUACUUCCUUGCCGGCACAGAAGAAGGCUCCAUCUACCCCUGUCACCGCUACGACCGCGCAGGCGCCAAAGCCGGCGUCGAUGGCCGCGUCAAGUACGCUGGCCACGCCGCACCCGUCAUGAGCCUCGACUUCCACCCCGCCAAAGGCCAAAUCGAUCUAGGCGACCUUGUCUUAUCGUCGAGCGUCGACUGGAGCGUUAAGCUCUGGAAAGUGCGUCCCCCUGCGGCAACUGGCGCAACCAACCCCACCACGCUCGCCGGCGGCACCCAACAAGUGCACCCGGUGCUCGACAUUGCGCGCGAAGACCUCGUCUACGACGUCCGCUGGUCCCCUACCAAGCCUUCCGUCUUUGCCUUGGUCGAUGGCGCAGGCAGCUUAGAAGUCUGGGAUCUCAACGUUGAUGUUGAGGUUCCAGUACAGUCUGUCAAGCCGAGUGAUGGGAAGAGGGGUGCGUUUGCAGGCCUGCCGAGUGGACUAGGGUACAUGAAUCGCAGUUUGAAUAAGUUGGCUUGGGAGAGGAACGAGGGUAGGCGGGUCGCGGUGGGCGGCAUGGAUGGCGUAGUGACGGUGUUUGAAGUUGGGAGUGAGCUUGGAGGUGUGGAGACCAGGGCGGAGGAGUGGAACGGUGUCAAGAGGCUGGUCAACAGGCUUGAAGGUCAUGGCGAGGUUAAUGGAAAGUGAAAUUUCAUGCGUGGGGCUUCUUCUAGAAAGCAUGGUGAUGGGCGAAGGGGAGCGGGAACAAAAGGGAGUGGUCCCUUGCAGACGGGACAGCGUUUCUGAUACGUUCGUUCAGCACGAGCAUUACCUUGGAGUUGUGCUUUUCAAUCGACAUACCCCUUUAUUGUAGCGAAUGGAUACCUGUUUUCCACAAGGUCAGUUUGGUUUUUGACAGGCACAUACCAUGCUUUCCAAGUUGCAAUCCCAUCUAGCGCUCGAGGGAAGGGGUAGUGAGUGUUGCGGUGUAGCGGUGCAUCUUCUGUAGUUCUCACUGCCCUCCGUCUAUUUGUUAUGCUUCUAUCAUUCUCUUAGAUCACAGUCAAUCAUACCAC